CAUCCAAGCAGGGCGUCGUCCUCUCCAGAGGGCCUGGCUCUUCCUCCUCCUCUUCUUUACGCCGUACUAUCCUUGCGAGUGAGCGAGCGGCAUCAGGAAGAGCAGCCUCAGCGGCGGCAGCUUCUCCUCCUCCUGCCCUGGAGCCCAAGGAGAGUCCCAGCCAAGCCCGGCCGGGUGGGAGGAGCAUCCCAGGAAGCGGCCGCCCGACAUGGCUCUCCCGGAGCGGGCCCGCUCUCCGCCGCCAACUGCCGGGGCCGCUUCCCUGAGGCCCAGCAGCGGAAACUGAAGCGGGAGGGAGGCCCGCCUCUCCCUGCAGCCAUACCCCCUCCCCACACGCACACGCACACAACAAACACCCCCUUCUCCCUCUUCUUCUCCCGCUCCCUCCCCUCCUCCCUCCCUCCAUGAUGGACAGGAGCUACCCCCCGGCCCCCUCCUUCACCGACCCGCUGGCUUCGGCCGCCGCCGCCUCCUCCGCCAGCUCGCAACCCAGCCCUCCCGCCGCCUGGGCCUACGAGAGGGCCGCCGCCGGCAGCACCAGCAGCCUCAAGCCCAGUUUAAGCUAUGGAGGAGGACUUCCAACACACUCAGAAGCAGAUCUUCUUCACAGACAAACAUAUGCCGCUUCUCAUCAGCUACCUGCAUACGCUACUACGCCCCUCCCUUCAGGUCUUCCUGGCAUGUUUGAUAACACUAUGCACAGCAGCAGUACCAGCACUAAGGAAACUUCAGUUAUGAAUUUUCUUUCUGCAAUUGAAUCCCGCAAUGCUCAGGCUGUUUCUUCAGGAACCACUCUGUUACCGCAGUUUCGAGCUCCAACUUGGCAGCCAGGUAUACAUACAUCAACUGAACUUUUUGUUACUGGAGCCUUGCCAGCCUCUGGAACCUUUCCACCAACUUCAGCUUAUCAACAUCCCAAUGCGUUUAGCAGUAGAAACUUUGCUACGACUCCUUCUCUGACACUUCAGGAUGCAACUUUCAGUGCAACAUCCAAUGGGCUUUUAACUGUGCAUGACCCUUUGUUGCAGAUCAAGACAUCCCAAGGCACCGUUCCUGCUGCGUUAACUUUUGAGCGCCUGGGCACUUCUGUGUUAAGUACCAGCCUCCCACCACAGUCUUCAACAUAUCGCUCUGCUCAGGAAUCUGCACCUCAUCUGUUGCAGCCACAGUUCAGUUUGUUGCCUUCGUCUCUUGGAGGAGCUCAGCCAGCUCCACAGGUAUAUAGCUCAGCUCUGUAUCCCAGUUCUCCUGCCUCUAUUGAAAGAGCACUACAGCGAGAAUGUAGUGUCAUUAAACACCAUCAGCGGCCUUCAAGCACACAGUCUGUCCAGGCACAACUGACUGGUUCACAGCAUUCCUUACACACUUUUUUAUCAAGUGCAAGUGGAAGUGAUUUUCAGGAUACAUCUCGGCAGUCGCCUCUGUCUUGUAGCCCAGUUGGCGAUGCUAUUCAGGUGAGCAAUCCUGGACCACAGCCGAAGACCUCUCAAGUUUCAGUGGAGCUAGCUCAGUCAUACACAUCAGCAAUUCCAUCACCUGGUUUCUCAUCUGUUUCUACUGCAAAAGCCAAGCAGUGUUCUACAAAGCAGCCACCCAGGUCAACAAAGACCCCUCGGCCACAAAGCGUAGCCCCUGCUGUGCAGACACAAAGCUAUUCCAAAACUGCACAGAACCAGAACUCUGUAAUAGCAGGUCAAGCACAAAUCUACUCUACAGCACAGCUUCCAAGUCUAUUGUCGGUUAGCCAGUCACAAAAUUACGUUUCAACCCAGUCACAGAAUGUGCCACCUGUCAGUAAUGCACAGGCAUUCCCAGCUAUCAAGCUGGAGAAACUGCCACCUUUAUACAAAACCCUUGCUUUUGCUGGGCAGUCACAAGCUAUUACUUCUGAUAGCCGGACACUGAGUUAUUCUUCUGAGCAACAGGUAUUAAGUUCAGCUUCAAAUGACAACUAUUCUGCACAGACAAGGGAUCUUUCAGACAACCAAUCUCAGAAUUAUUCUAGCCAUUCUCAGGAUAUGUCAGCAGUUAGCCAAUCACAGGCUAUCUAUUCAUCUCAAUCCCAGGUUUUGUCAGUAGUUAGUCCUUCAGAAACGUAUACAACAGGGCAGUCUCUAACAUUAACAUCACCAUCGCUCCCAUUUUCUUCCUCUUCUCAUGUUCAGAACUUGUCAGCACCUAGUCCUCCCCAGGCCUAUCUUUCGCUACAUUCUCAGGCACAAGAAUCAUCCUCUCCACAGUCCCAAAAGUUUUUACCAGUUGUGCAGUCAACUUUUGUAAUGCCAGCUCAUUCACAAGCAUUGCAGAACAGAUCUUCCUCAGACACAAAAUCGUAUAUUAAAAGGAAAUCUGACCCUAACUUGUAUCAGACGUCUAAGCAAGACGAUCAGUUCCCAAUGCAAGAUUUGCAGGCAUUACAACAGCAGACAUCUCUUGAUUCCUCCCCUCAAAGGCUAGCCAAUAAUGAAGUUAACACUCAGGAUAUAACUUUCAAAGUUUCCAAAGUGGACACUCGAUAUUCUCAGAGUGUGAUCAGAAGUAAUUCCCGCCUUGAAGAUCAAGUUGUUGGGCUUACUCUUCAGGGUUCAAAAAAGGAAGAAAGGAUGGCUAGCUCUGUUGCCCAGCUUACCCAGCAAGUUGACCAUAUCACUAAUGUAGUAAGCCAUGAUAUUAAAAAGGCAGCUAAUUUAUUACCAGCCAUCCAAGUAAAUAUGGAUGGCAAGGAAUUAAGCCAGCAGCAAGCUAUUCUGCAUAAAGUACAUGAAGUUAAAUCCUCUGAGCACCAGGACCAUGUCAUUAGUACACCAGCACAGAUAAACACUCAAGCCAUAAGGCAUAGCCAUCCACUGUGCUUGCCCAGUGCGCAGGUACUUUUAGAAUCCGGCUGUGAUUUACAGAUGCUCCAGCAGUCAUUACUGCAGUCUAGUUUAGGACACACAAAAGUUUCUCCGCAAAUGCAUCGUAUUCAGAGUUCUCCACAGAUGACCCACCAGUUUCUUCAGGUGGAUGGUCAUUUGAUUCAGAGUAAUGGAGGGCAUUCUCAGCAGCAGCUUCAUCCUCAAAGUUCUGAUGUUAUGAAAAUGGACAUUUCUGAGCCAUCAAAGUCAAUGCAACACCAUUUGACAUCAAAAGAAAUUUUUGUGCAGCCAAAUAAUGAAUCUAACAACCAGUUUGUUACCCUUAGUUCUGUAUGUUUUCCAGAGUCUAUGCUCCUCAAUGAUGAGAGGAAUAUACUAUCUAAUGUAGAUGAUAUCUUGGCAGCAACAGCUGCUGCUUGUGGUGUAACUUCCUCUGAAUUUGCCAAAUCAACAUCCAGUGAAAAAGAAAUGCAGUCAAUUGAAAACGGAGAUAAUUCUAAGGCUCAGUUCCAGGCAAUAGAUGUCAGACAUGUGACUCCGAGCUUCAGUUCUUCAGCAGCAGUAUUUGGAAAGUCACUGAGCACAAACAAUAUUUCUUUGAAUGGAGGUCAGAUUACGCUAAACUUGACAGCAGUGCCUACCGUGCCAAAAAACAGAAGUGUAGAUGAACAUCAUAUUGAGACUCUAGAUCAAGGCCUUUCUACUAGAGCUGCCACAUCAGAGUUUGAACAAAUGCAGGAACAGACUUCUGGCCUAGUUAAACAGCAGUCUAGCACAAAUCAUAACUCUGAAGGUAAAGAUGAUAUUCAUGUGGAUGGUGCCCUGCAUGUUUCAAGUGGUAAAGCUUUAAAUGAAGAGUCUACAAAAUUGAUCAGGGAUUGUAGCAUGGAGGGUGACAACACUGUGACAGGAAACAAUGUUAAUGUUCCAUUACAUUCACUAUCUAUGCAACAUCCAGGAAAUGAAAACAGCAAAGCUGAAGACAAAAUCCAAGAGUUAACACAAGAGGACCUUCACAAGCAGAAGGAGAGGGGACAAAAUCAAAUUAAAAAAGAAGAUGAGAAGCAGCCUAAGCGAACUGGACAAUGUAAGCGCCAGAAUUCAAGAGGGAGUGAUGUCAGCUUACCAUAUUCUCCAGCUCCUGAAAGUGAUACUUACCAACAUGAAGAAAAAAUGAGGCAGAAAAUCAAAGAAGUAGAGGAAAAACAACCAGAAGUCAGAACAGGAUUCAUUGCAUCUUUUUUAGAUUUCCUAAAAUCUGGACCCAAACAACAGUUUUCAGUUCCUGCUGUGCGUGUGCCCAGUCGUGUCAGGAGGCCUGUUACCCCAAUUCUUAGAUCACCAUGUCCACAUCCACUUUCAAAAUCCCAAGCACCAGCAGCACCAGCGUCUCUUGAGGAAAGCAUUCAAAGUUCAAACAAAAAGGGUAGUGAAGAACUGAAGAGAAAUUCAGAAGCAUUACCCUCAUUUUCUUCUGAUGAAGAUUCAGUAGGCGGUAACCAGGAUCUUCAGAAGAGCAUUUCAUCUGCAUUGUCAACUUUGACUGAUGAUUCUGAUAAAAAGAAAAAGCCAGGCAUGGAGAAAACUGUUUCUAAAACUAAGGCCGAUACUACUGUAAAGAUGGAACCUUCUAGUUCAGCUAUUAGUGUGCGAAAUGCUCAGGUGAAAACCCAUUCACCGCAACCUAAAAGAGAGAGUGUUGCUACAGAUCAGUUAGUAAAAAAACAGGCAACUGUCGCAAUAGAAGGGUAUAUUGAGGAUAACAGUGGAGACAGUGGAGGUGAAGGCAUGUAUAGAGAACGUGACGAAUUUGUAGUGAAGAUGGAAGAUAUAGAAUUACUGAAGGUUGCUUUAGAAACAGGAACAGAGCCCCCAGCCAUCUGGAAAGUUCAAAAAGCUUUGUUGCAAAAGUUUAUUCCAGAAGUGCGAGAUGGGCAGAGGGAAUUUACAGCUACUAACAGUUAUCUUGGGUAUUUUGGCGAUGCAAAAUCAAAAUACAAACGGGUGUUCGUGAAGUUCAUAGAAAAUACAAACAAGAAAGAAUAUGUCAGAGUGUGUUCCAAGAAACCAAGAAAUAUAUCUGUACAGCCCACAAGAACUGUUCAUUCUAAGCCAAGCACUAGCACCAACAAAGUUUCUGAUCCCCCGGCACCAAAAACCACAACAACAACAACAACAACAACAAAAGCUUCUUCAGUAAAGCCCAAAGCUAAACAGCCAAAGAUAAAGGCUGAGCCACCACCAAAGAAACGGAAAACAUGGAAGGAAGAAUUGCCUGCUAGUCCUCAACUCCAGAGCGAUGAGGAAGGUAAACCCCAGCAUCCCAAAAAUACUGCAACUCCGGCUCCUGUUGUUGCUCGUUUUUUGAACACUAGAGCUAUGAAGGAAACAUUCAGAAGUUAUAUGGAAUUGCUUGUUAGCAUCGCCUUGGACCCAGAUACCAUGCUGGCAUUGGAGAAGAAUAAUGAUGAGCUGCUUUUGCCACACAUGAGAAAAAUUGAUGGCAUGCUGAAUGACAAUAAAAAAACAUUGCUCUCGAAAUUACAUUUGGAGCGCUCAUUCAAGGCUGCGUUGGAAAGCUUUCCUGAACUGACUGUAAUCACCCGUGAUUCUAAAACAAAAACAGGGGUGAGUGGAGUUUCUCGAAUCAAAAUGAAUGGGAAAGCUUAUAAUAAGAAAACACUGAAGAUUUCUAAAGCACCUACAAAAUUAGCACAGGAGUUUGCAGUAGAUCCAGAAAAAAUACCAUUGUGUUCUCUGUAUCAUUCACUCCAUCAUUACAAAUAUCACAUGUUUCUGAGGUGUAAAGUACAGAUCUCUUCUGUUCAAAAGAAGAACGCAGAUCUUGGCCAGGAGGAGAUUGUACAGCAGUGUAUGAAAAAUAUAAAAUGGGUUGAAGACCUCUUUGAGAAGUUUGGUGAACUUUUGAAUCAUGUACAGCAGAAAUGUUCCUAGCAAACUUUGUCCUCAACUUCACUUUCUUUUUCUUUUUUUUUGGUCACACUCAGCAACAAGAACUGAAAGGUCAGAGAAACUCUGCUUAGAGGGAUCAUGCCAGACUCAAUUCUAAGUCAGAAGAAUUUGUGUUUUUGGUUCAUGGGCUUAUGAUAUGGAAAAAUUAUGCUGCCGUGCACAUGAAAAUACAAAGGAACCUCACUGCAUUUUUAAUCUGAGGAAUGAUUUUUUUUCAAUUUUGUAAACUCUUAUAUUGAAAUAACUUAGGUUUAUUUUUGACAAAUGAUCAGAGCAUGCACAAAUAUAUAUAUUUUUGGCUGUGACAAGAAUAACAAAAUAUCAUGGCAUUUUUUGAUUCUGAACACUAGGAAGAGUCUGGAUGAUUAAUAUUUACCUUUGUCUGGCUUACCGAGUAGAGUCUUGGACAUUUUGCAAACAGAGCUAGUAUGACAUGAUAUUCUCUAUAUGAAUAAUUGCCAUCACAAAUUCUGCUUUAUGGACUACUUUAUUGCUGUUAUGUUCAGGAGGCUGGACAUGGAGUUGGUGCAAUCCUAUGACUGUGUCAAAUAUUGUAAUGAAAAACAAUGACCUUAACUAUUUUCCCUGCAGUUUUUUGGGAGAAAACCCUUUUCCUUUAUACAGUACUUCCCACCCCCCUCCUUUAGAAGAAAAUCAAUUGUACAUUUUAUCUCACUAAUAGUUGUAUUUUUCACAAAGAAAAAUGAUGGCUUAUAUUUGUUUUAUGUAUCUUUGUAAUACACUUCCUAAGGUUUUCAGUGAACCCUGUUCAUUUUAUAUAUUAAUUUCAUAUUGUAAACUAUGUUAUCUUGAGAUAAUGCUUUUGUUUAUACAGGUUUGCUUCAGUGUUAACCAGGAAUAAGACAUACUAGACUUUAUAAGUUUUCUUUAUAAGUAUAGUUGUGUUUAAACACUGCAUUUUAUUUUCUAAUACAUGACAAUUCUUACUACAUGAUUUGAUAAAUUGAAAGGUUCAGUGAACAGCUACUGUGUUUAUCUUCUGGACAAUAGGGAUUGGUGACUGAAUAAAAUAUAUGCAGUGUUGAACACAGCUGACAGUGAUUUUUUAUUUUAUUUUUAGAGCAGGUAAUGGCAGAACUGUUUGCUUCCUGGUGCCUUUUUGAAAUCAUUACACAUAAUUGUGUAGCUGCCUUUCUAUAAUAGGACCAGUAGUCCCAGACGACAAAUAUAUUCAGCUCAAAUCAGUAGGAAACUUUCUUUAUUUGCCAACAGAAUGCCUUACCUCAAUCCCUAAUUCAAAAUGUAUAAGUCUUCUGCUUGGGUUUGUGAAUAGCCUGAACAUAUUGUACAUGUAUCAGAUAACAUGUAGAAAUAAUUCAUUUGUCUUUUCACUGCCACUUAGUGCCUUAAUUUCAGCCAAGAAGAAAGCAGGUCUCCUUAAUCUCUAGCCAACCAGGAUAUUCUUGUAUGUAGCAUGGUGUCUUUUCUUUAGUUGUACAUAUAUGUUCAUUGCACCUUAGGUUUGUAAAGUAUAAUGAAGGGCUGUGAUUACAAGCAAUUAAACUAGGAUUUCAAAGUUAUCAAAGGAUGUUUUCAAUUGUGAUGUGUCUGUUAUGAUAAUAGACAAUAUCUGUAUUUACAAAAGAUUUGUUUUCUAUGUUGGAUGUGGUACUCUUCAUUUCAUUUAUAUUGAGGGGAAGGAAAAAAGUCAAUGAAAACUUUGAUAAAUUUCCAUAUUGGUGUUUGUCUUGCACUUUCCUUGUACUCUACUUGCCUUGAAAAAGCCAUUGCUAUGGCUGAACGUCUACUUGGAGGAGUGGGCAAUAUAUGGCCUCCCAGGUGUUGCAUUGCAAGGCCAUCAACCCUAGCCGGCAUAGCCAACAGUGAGAUAUAAUAAGGUUUGCAGUCCAACAAGGUUUGCAGGUCAGAGUUGCCCAUCCAUUUUACUGGUUUUGUAGGAAAUAUGAUGGUCUGGAACAUAAAUAGGAAAUGUAUAUGUAGGUAUGUUUCUACAUAUGCAUGGCACUCCUGGUAUUAUUUGACAGCAACUCCUGUCAUAAAAUCCCUAGUCCUAUACAGUGUGUAGGGCUGCAUCUUGGUUCUCAGCUAAAAAUGACUGAGGGUUACAUCUGUGUGUAGGGAAGAAGUCAAUACUACUAAAACUAUUGUGGAAGCCUCAACAUGAAUACACCUUAACUUUCUACUCUUAUGUGUGACAUACUUCUGAGUUGACAUGUAAGCUGUGUGUCAGAGGAUAUCAGAAAGUUUUGUAACGGAGAUGGAAUAUUCUUUGUUUUAUAUCAUUCAAAUAACCGUAGUCAUUCAUAGGAGGGUAUAGAAAAGUAUUUUGGAAUUAAAACACUAAAGAAGAGUCAAACACUGAUGGUUCAUAAAUAUAAACCCCAACAUUUUUCUACAACAAAUUCCCAUUCAUCUCAACACUAGUUAAUGUAUACAGCAGACUUGGAGCGUAUGAAGAGUUAAUAUUUCUAUAUAAAAUAAGCUAUAACAUGGUCCUUACAUAAAAAGAAAUCAAAGGAUACAAGUAAGUGUCUAGUGUUCCUCUUUAAAGAAACGAAGUUAAACUUUCACAGGUCUGUCAUUUCAAGAAAGCCCCAAAUAUAGAUUCUUAAUUAUUAAUGUUUUGAGAAACAUUCUACUUUUAACUAAACAAAGAACCAGGGAUUGUGUUCUGCAUAAAUCGUAGUUUUUAGGAUGCAGUCCUACAACUUCUUAAGAGUAAGCAUCACUGAAAUCAUUGGUACUUAUUUUCUGAUUAGACAUGUAUAGGAUUGUGCUGUGUCAGCAUGUUCUUUCGUUUAGAAGUGUGAGUAGAAAGCAACCAAAGUAGUGUAGUGUUUUGAGCACUGGAUUACGUCUCUGGGCAUUAGGGGUCGAAUCCCUGCUUAGCCAAGGAAACUCAGUGGGUGAUCUUCAGCAAGUAAAACUAUUUCAGCCUCAGAGGAAGUUAAAUCUUGCCAAGGGAAACCCGUGAUAAGUGAGAAACAAUAUCAGCAGGUGGUAACUUUAUCAAGAGAAGGAGAUGUAAGGAGCACCUUGGGAUUACAGAGUAGAAAGUGUGAGUAGAAAGCAACCAAAGUAGUGUAGUGUUUUGAGCACUGGAUUACGUCUCUGGGCAUUAGGGGUCGAAUCCCUGCUUAGCCAAGGAAACUCAGUGGGUGAUCUUCGGCAAGUAAAACUAUUUCAGCCUCAGAGGAAGUUAAAUCUUGCCAAGGGAAACUCGUGAUAAGUGAGAAACAAUAUCAGCAGGUGGUAACUUUAUCAAGAGAAGGAGAUGUAAGGAGCACCUUGGGAUUACAGAUGUACAGCACAAACAUGUAUUGACCUAGACUUUCUUUCUCACAGAACAUUCACACUGCCUUGUUUCCUCAGUGUGAUUCACAAACAUAUCUCCUGACCAAAUUAUUUGGAGAUAUGUUUUAGAUGAUACUGUCUAUGCAGGGCACUGAAGAUCUUGACCUUCCUCACUAUAUUUGAAAAUAUUAAUACUUUGCUUGGCAGUUUAUUAUGAAAAAGGUUGGUGAUGAUGAUACAACAACAUUUCAAGCACAAUCUACAAGCAUGGACAUUUUAAUUGAAAAGACUAAUAAGCUUGUAGGGAACCAUACAAUUCCACUGAAAAGCCAAAAUACAGGAAUUUUAGGGAAACGUAGUGUCAUGUGAGUAAAAUAAAAUGUCAACAAAUGAAAAGGCAAAAUUCCUAAACUGGAUGUUGUGGAGUAAACAAUCCUACUUAGGAAUGUUGUUCACAAUAUCUGUUUUCUCAGUAUGUACAAUGCAGCAAUGCAGGAGGUCUUUUUCCUAAAAUAACUAUCCUAAAGAUAUGAAAUAUCAACUUCAAAAAUGAAUCAGUAUAUGGAAAAAUCUAUAUUAUAAUGAUAAAUACAAUGUGCAUUAGUAUCAGUACUAUGUACCAUAUAUGGCAUUUAUUUACCAUUAUAGUGUGAUUUUUUUCUAUAGGUUGGGUUUUGAAGUUGAUGUUCCUUAUCUUUAGGACAGUCACAUAGAGGUUGCUUGUUAAUUAUGUAGUGUAAUUCCCCAUUUUCUUCCAAGAAGCUAUACAUAAUAUUUUUUAAUUGUGCUGGAGGUCCUUUGCAAAAUAAUCUUCACAUGCAAAGAGGUGUCUCCCUUUAUGUUUCUAGACUGCAUCUCCCAUCAGCCCUACUUGGCAAAGCUUCUGGCUAUAUGAUUGAUUUGAGUCAAUUCUAAAAUAUUAUUUACCUGGAAGUUUUAUCUUUUUUUCCUUUUGUUUUAAGUAAUAUAUAUUACAAAGGAAACUCAAAAUGUCUUCCAAUAAACAGUCUUCAUAGAGGAUAUGUAUUUUAAAUAUUUUAAAUUUUACAAAUAUUUAAUUUAAAAACGAACAAGCCAAAACAUUUAAGGAAGUUGGAGAUCAAUGUACAGAUAACAAUUCAAUAUUUUGCAUCAUCCACUAACAUACUUUUUGUAUAUUAUUAUACAGUGCACAUCCUAUAUAUAACCUAUUUAAGUUAAUGUUCACAAAUGCAUGUUAAUACCUCUCUUCUAUAUAAUGCAAAAAAAUAAGUCUGGGAUUAAUCAGAGAUGCUUUUUAGUCCCAUUUUCAGGUGGUCCACAAUAAAUGUAUAGAGUCAUGAAAAGGUCACAAUUUUUGUAUUGUUGAUUUGAUGUUACUAAACUCAUUAAAGUGAAAAUACAUUUUUCAAAA